ACGCGGACCCCCAUUUGAGAAUCACUGGACUAGGUGGCACAAAGUACUCCCCAUACACGGACAUGGUUUUGCGUCUUUCCUCCGAGCGGCGCGCUUUGAAUGCUCGCCGAGAGAAGAAGCCGGAGACAGAGAGGGGCGGGCCUUCACCUUUCAGUGGGAAUCCUCAGUUCAAAAAGCUGCCAGCGUUUCCUCGCAGGAGAGUGUGGGUCUGUUUCAGCUUGUACUGGAACUCAAGAGACGACAGAAGAGGACCGAAAUAUGCUCAACAGAAGUGGGAUACGGAUGCAUUUCUACUGACUCAGAAAGAAGUUUUCAACCGAGUUUUUACUGACAUAGUCUGCUCUUAUUUAAAAAAAGAUAGAGAGAUAGAAAGAGAAAGGAGACAAAAACAGCAACAAGUUGUGCAGGUGGAAGGCAACACGUUGACCGGGAAACCAGAACCCAUCAAGACUCCCCAUCCAGACUUUGUGGUCUCACCUGAGCCGGAGCAGACAGAUAGAAAUGUCCGUGGACAGCUACUCUGCGCUGGAUGAGCCCUCUCUGCGAGCACUCCUGGAUGGAACCGUAGAUCUGGACGAGCGACGACUCAUCCGUUCAGCCAUCCGGGAUUUGAGGAGGAGAGAGAUCGAGGACAUGGAGGCUGCUCUGGCCAGCAAGAGAUUUCGUCCCACGCGCCUCAAACAGCAGGAGGACAAGGAGAACCUCCACAGGUCAGAAUCUGGCGAUAACUUGGAUGUGCUGUCAGGAAAACUGCAGUCGAUUCAGGACAUUGAUGAGCUCACAAAAAUGCUCCGUGCAGCCAGUGAGUACGAGGAGAGGAAGAUGAUCCGAGCAGCCAUCCGACAGGUUCGAGACGAACAGCAAGGGUCUGUGGAGUGUGGUAAAACUCCUGUUCGUUGCUUGGAGUCUGAGAGUCUGGAGCCCCAGAGCACCAUGGGAACUGGGGAGACAGAGCGUGAGAGCCACGGUGAGCGCGAGCGUAUCAGAUCUCAGAUCCUGGAGUUACGCGGGCAGCAGACACAACAAAGCAGAGAGCAACAGAGAAAAGGCUCAAACUCGGGUAUGGUGCUGGUUCUGGAUCACCUGGUGAAGGAUGACAGCUCUGGAUCUCUGCUGAUCCAGUCCCAGAGAGAAGCCAUGACCACAGAGCCAGACCUGGUCCUGUCUCAUCGACAGAGAUCUGACUCCUCAGCAUCAGACCGCAGUAUGACCUCCAGGCCCAACCUGGACUCUGUGGUGUCAGAGAAGAGUUUGAGCUCAGCCCACAGAGCCCGGCUGGAUUCUGAAGCCUCAGACAGGAGCCAGAGUCCCUUCCAGCGCAGUCGACUGGAUUCCGGGGCAUCGGAGCGAAGCAUUGGCUCCCUCUCCCAUGUUCGACAGAGACUGGGCUCAGAUGUUUCAGAUUCUGGUGUCAGAUCCCGUAGGGGCUCAGGGACUUCAGAUAUCUCCAGUCUGUUCACAAGGAAGCGGACGGACUCAGGGACGUCUGAGCACAGCGUGAGCAUGUCCUCUGAGGAGAGGGGUCCAGUCGAGGAGGUGGAGGUAAUCACGAGUGGUUCAAGUUACAGCACAGAUUCAGAAACUGAGAGCAGAGGCAGCGGUUCAGCCAGCGUCAAGUCUCAGUCCAACCAGGAUCAGAACCAAAUCAUUGAGCAGGAGCAGCCUGAUGGGGCCGUGUUAUCUCGACAGGAUCCAGUAAAGGGGCUGCUCAACGGCAGCGCCAAGAAAAUCGCUGACUUCCAGAAACAAACGAUAACAAAUAACAGUGAUCUGCCACUCACUCAUGACAAAGCAAAGGAUUCUGUCACUGAGAAAAAAGAUGUUAUACUGGAACAGUUCAACCGCACCAACUCUGUACGUGAUCGAAUGCGAAAGUUCACAGAGCCCAGCAACAGCCUGAAUGUCCCAGCUUUGAAGAAAACUCCUCUGAGGAAUGGGACGACCUUCGGCAGCAGCGGCCACACAAAUCUCUCCAAAGCUACAGAGCUGUUUACACACACAGCAGCAUCCCUCAGCACAUCUGGAGCCGGGCCAGCGAGGCCACAUGUGGACUCCACAUCUCACACCUCUGCUGCAUCUCAGAGUCAGGCCACGCCUCAGCCAAGAGGGGUUGCUAACAAACCUCUGUCUUCAACCAGCCAAUGGCAGAACUACAUGGGUGGGACAAGGCAUUCAGCUGAAAAAGAUGUGCACGCCUCCAGCAACUCAAAGGAAGACAGGACCCCAGGGAGAGCAGCUGAACAGCAGGUCAUCCAGGGAGAGGCAGACCCCGACAUGAAGACUUUCCUCACCAUCGAGAUCAAGGAUGGGCAUACCACCACCUCAUCUACGUCCUCACCUAGGGGCAACAUCAUACCCAUCACCACCAUGACCCCACGCAUCAACACCAACACCCUGGGACAGAGGCAAGAGUUGACCCUUGGCCUCAGAGCGACACCUUUCAAGAUCUCCUCAUCCAGCCUGUCCUCUGGAUCCUCCAUCAAGAUGGAGACGGAGCCUGUCAUGGCCUCUAUGCCGGUGUUUUCAGCUGGACCGUCCGUCACUGUGGCCUGUCACGUCCCAGCCAUCCCCAACGGCUCCACCAGUAUUCAGACCAAACCUGAGCAACCCUCUGGAAAAGUGACUGCUGAACAGCUGGCUGCUGUGGAGGAUGAAGAGCUCCUUGAUAAAAUGCUGGAUGAGUCAAAAGACUUUGAGGAAAGGAAAAUGAUCCGUGCAGCCAUGAGAGACCUUCGCAAGAAAAAGAGAGACCAGAGAGAAAAGGAGCGCGAGACCCGUCUGCAAGAGCUUCGGAACCAGAGAGACGAGCGAGCGCACAAGAGCCGGCCCGGGGUCGGUGCUGGAGAGGUGGUGAUGAGGAAGAUGGAGAAAUCUGCAGAUGGCUCCAGCCUUAGUCAAGUCACCAAGACUGACCGCUUUGCACAGUCUGAUGAUAGGAGCAGAUCAUCACGCAGCACUGUCGUUGAAUCCAGUUAUGUGCAGAAAACAGACAGAGGAACAGUCCAGUCAAAGUCAUACAGCUUCACAUCAUCCACAUCAUCUUCAUCCUCUAACACAAGCAAAAAAGUGGGAAGUGUGUUUGAUCGAGAGGAUGAGUCAUCAUCUCGCAGUGGCAGCAGCGGGUUGGCGGCUGUGGAGCGAAAGCAGGCGGAGAGGAAGAAGGAGCUGAUGAGGGCUCAAACUCUUCCAAAAACCUCGGCCAUGCAGGCCCGCAAAGCCAUGAUAGAGAAGCUGGAGAAGGAGGGAGGCGGCCCUGGAAAUCAGGCCGUCGCCAAGGUAAACAAGGUGCAGCGCUCCACAAGCUUUGGUGUACCCAAUGCAAACUCCAUCAAGCAGAUGCUGCUCGACUGGUGCCGUGCCAAGACCCGCUCAUAUGAGCAUGUGGACAUUCAGAACUUCUCCUCCAGCUGGAGCAAUGGCAUGGCUUUUUGUGCUCUGGUUCACAAUUUUUUCCCUGAAGCCUUCGACUACGAAAGUUUGAUCCCCAGCAACCGCAGGCAUAACUUUGAGGUGGCCUUCGACACUGCAGAGAAAAUGGUGGACUGUCCCCAGUUGCUUGACGUGGACGACAUGGUGAAGAUGCGCGAGCCAGAUUGGAAGUGUGUGUAUACCUACCUGCAGGAGUUCUACAGGGGCCUGGUGACCAAAGGCCUGGUUAAAACCAAAAACUCCUCCUAGAGUCGCACCCCACCUAAAACUGAACCCAUGGACCUACGCUAAUUGCAUGCCUCUGCUUGAAGUGGAGGACAUGAUGAUCAUGGGAAAUAAACCUGACUCCAAGUGCGUCUUCACUUAUGUACAGUCCCUGGUCAAUCACCUGCGCAGAUAUGAGAUGUCCAUGGGUCGGCCAUGUGACCUCUGACCUGUGAACAGUGAGUGUAGGCCUCCCCCUCCUGAGUUCACCGGACCCAACCCCCCUGACCCCAGAGCCCCAUCCAAGCUCCGGCUCCAUCUCUCCAUGUUCACCUGAUGAUGCCCUGCACUCUGACAGGCUGUCACAGAGUCACAUAUCUCUGAUGGACCAGCUGGGACAGUGUGUGUGUGUUUGUGUGAGUUUGUUUAUCUUUGUUGGCAGUGGUGAUGUGUAUACAUCCUUUCAGUUCUUAUCUAAAAACACACAUUAACACAGGCAGUCCACCUUUCUCCAGCAACAGGGCGCCAAAGGUUUUAUAAGGCAUCUUUUACAGCUUUAAGGUUUGACUUUAUUGAACUGUGCUAACACUCAGCUUUGUGUCAGGUUAUAUUUAACAUUCAGUGGCUGUGUCACAACACUAAUGUACAGAAAACACAUCAGGAGAGAAAAGAGAAAUAUUUUAAUGCUAUUACCCAUUUUAAGUUAUUGAAACUUUCCUUUUUUCUUCUACUCUUUUUUAAAUAUUGUAAUUUUUCUAACAUUAAAGAGAGAAAAAUGACCAAGAAAAAUCCUAACAGCCAUGUAAAAGCAUUAUUUGGUCAUUCUGGUACUACUUUUUUUUACCAAACAUUGGUAGCUUGAAGAAUUUUAAUAAAAUAAGUUAUUAUUCUUAAGAUGAUGUAGAUUUUAAUAUUUAAUACAUGAGCACAUGGAAGUUAUUUUCUUUGUCAUGUAAAUGAAUGCAACACUUGCAUUGCUGCAGUGAAAUGCUGAGUUAUCUCACCUUUCUUAACCUUACAGUGCUACUGAGAACAUGUUUCUGUUUUUCUACAUGUUAACCCUCAUGUGUUACUGCAGCAGUAGGAAAAAAAUGCUUAAAUCCAACACACUUUUUCUUCAGGUUAAAAGGAAACAAUGAUGGUGUUUACCAUCUGCCAUACAGCUGAACUGUAUCAUCAUCACUUGAUGUUUGUCAUUGCUUAUCUACCAGGGAUUGUGCAGAAUAUAAAAAAAGCCCAGCAUCACAGCCCUGCCCUGCCAAACACACUCACACAGCUCUGUUAGAGGGCUUCCUGUUUAUGCUAUGCUGCAGACUUUUUAAAAUCUAACAUUUUGUUUUUUGUUGGUGUAUAUUAUGCUUCUAAAAGUUCAGUUUAAAGUGAGUCAGUGAACUAUGGCUACCACAAUGUUUUGUGAAAUAAAUAGGGGUAACUUUUAAGAGAAGUUAGUGGGCCUGAUGAAAGCUGGCUUUCGGUUGAAACGUGAGUAAUCAUGAAAAAACAAAGCGGACAAUUGUACAUUUUAUGGCAUGAAGCUAAGAACAUUUUUAAAUGAAGAUUUUUAUUCUGCUUGUAAAAUUAAGGUUCCUUGAUGUUUAGAUUCUGAUUGUUUCAGAGCUGAUUUUGACUAAACGUAUGUCUUGAAGCUUUGUUUUGGUUGAAUUUGAGAAAUCAUUGAACUGUUCCACUGCUGCCAACUGAGAAAUGAAAACCUUCUACGAAGCAGUGAGUGCUGUACAUAAGAGCUUAAACACAUUUUAACUUUGUUUCUGUGCACCAGUUAAAUGUGAACGGAAAUAAAAGCUAUUUGAGAAAUGAAUAA